GCUCGCCCUCUGACCAUCUCCCAAAGCCACCCCGGCAGGAGAGCAGGGGAGCUGCUAUACAGAGUCCCCCUAGCCCAGCACCCACGACACGCUGGUACCCUGGGCAGGAGCACUGCAGCGCACCCCCCGCCCCAAGUCCCGCUGGUAGGAUGGCAGGGACCAGGGGAGCUGCUGUGUAAAGCCACCCUCCCCCCCAUCCUCCAGCACGCGCCCAGUCACCCCAGGUCCCCAGCAGAUGAGCUGCUGCCCCCACCUGUCCCCGCUCUGGAGUAAGGCAGGCGGGGGGCAGGAAGCUGCUCUCUGGAGCAGAGACCGCCUCCCCCAUCCAUCCCCCGGCGGCCACCGGGCCCCUCCCGCGGCAGAGAGCCCGCGGGCUGCAGCACGCUCGGGCGCCCAAAGCCCCGCGUGCUGGACGGCCUGCAGCGAGCUCCCGGGUUUCAGGGCAAUAGCAGUGGGAGGGGGCUGAACUAAGCGCUCAGGGUCCCCUCCUCCCGGCUCUGUCCCUUGGUGCCCAAUGCUGCCUCCUCCUCCUCCUCCAGCUGCUGCUAAACCGCCUGGGGUGGGGGGGCUCCGGGACCCGAGGAGGGACUAUGGGCAACGGGAUGUGCUCCCGAAAACAGAAGCGGAUUUUCCAGACCUUUUUGCUCCUGACCGUCGCGUUCGGCUUCCUCUACGGGGCCGUGCUGUACUACGAGUUACAGAGCCAGCUGAGGAAAGCCGAGGCGGUGGCACUCAAGUACCAGCAGCACCAAGAGUCGCUUUCAGCCCAGCUACAAGUUGUCUAUGAGCACAGGUCAAGAUUAGAAAAGUCUUUACAGAAGGAAAGGCUUGAACAUAAGAAAGCAAAAGAAGACUUUCUUGUUUAUAAAUUGGAAGCACAAGAAACACUAAAUAAAGGAAGGCAAGAUUCAAAUAGCAGAUAUAGCACACUGAAUGUACAACACCAAAUGUUGAAGAGUCAACAUGAGGAACUAAAGAAACAGCAUGCAGACCUCGAGGAGGAACACCGAAAACAAGGAGAAGACUUCAGAAGAACAUUCAGCGAUCACAAGCAGAAAUAUGUACAAAUACAGGAAGAGAAAGAGCAGGAACUCUCCAAGCUAAAGGAAUCUCUGUAUAAUUUGCGAGACGAAAAUAGACAGCUAAGAAAAGCACACCAAGAUAUUCAUACCCAGCUACAAGAUGUCAAGCAACAACAUAAGAAUUUACUCUCCCAACAUGACCAGCUUGUAGUGACAUUGGAAGACCACAAGAGUGCACUAGCUGCUGCACAGUCCCAGGUAGAAGAAUAUAAACAACUGAAGGACACACUCAACAAAAUGCCAAGUUUUCGACAACCUGAAAAGUUAGAGCAGCCAAAUGUUCCACAGGAAGUGGCAGUGGCAGGAGCAACACCUCCAAAUAGUGACCUCCCACCACAUGAGAAAAAUGCAGUUGAAGAGCAAAAAGAGGUACCCCAGAAUAAGGAGAAGCCACAGGAAAGGGAAGAAAUAAAUUCCAAGAGAAGAGAAGAUGGAGAUGAACCUUUACAUUUGGGCAGAAAAGCAAAUGAGGGUCACCCUCACAAAGAACUGAAUAUUCAGGAGCAACAAGAAGCAGGAGAAGAUGAAGAGCCACACAUGGACCAAGUUGAAGAAGAACACAAAAAAGAACUUGAGGAAGAGGAAAUGGAGCAGGCAGGGCAACCUGAGAACUUGGUGGAAGAACAGGAUCAAGCACCAGAAGAACAUGACUGGAAAGAACGGGAACAUAAAGAGGAAGCAGCCAACAUGCUGGGUGAACACAUUCACUCAGAGGUGCAAGAUUCUCUUCUCAACAAUAGCCACCCUUUCUGGCACCUGUCAACUGCAGGCCCUGCUUUGCACCUGCAAUUAGUUGCAGAUAGUGUAACAAAAAGAUACAAACUGGCCUAUGAAGAACAGUUGGAACAGCAGCAUCUGGCCGCCCGAAGAGCUGAAGAAGCCAAACAGCUAAGGGAACAUCAGGAAUCUCUACACCAGCAGAGGCUGAAAGGGCAGUUAUUACGGCAGCAGCAGCUUCAAGAAAAAGAGCUUGCACUACGGAGACAGGCUGAACGAGGAGAAGAGCAGUACAAAAACCAGCUAAGCCAACAAGCUCAUUAUGACAAUAUGGACCAUGAUAUUGUACAAGGAGAAGAGGGGCAAGGCAUCCAUGAAGAGGAUGGAGUGUAUGAAAGGGACAAUCAGCACCAAGAUGAAGCUGAAGAAGUAGAAGACCAAAUUAAUGCAAAUGAGCAGCAAGAACCAGAGCAAACAGAGAACCAGCAGGCAGAUGGGCCAGCGAAGGCAGCUGUGGAAGAUGUGAACCCAGCUGAUGAUCCUAACAAUCAGGGAGAGGAUGAGUUUGAAGAAGCUGAACAAGAGAGAGACGAGAAUCUGCCAGAUGAGAAUGAGCAGCACAAACAAAAUAAUCAGAAGCAGGAGAAUCCUGAGAUGGAGGAACAUUUGGUGAUGGCAGGAAAUCCUGACCAGCAAGAAGAUAAUGAGGAUGAACAGUACCAAGAAGAGGGAGAAGAAGAGGUCCAAGAAGAUUUGACUGAAGAGAAGAAAAAGGAACUGGAACACAAUGCUGAAGAGCCAUAUGGUGAAAAUGAUGAAAAUGCUGAUGAAAAAAACAAUGAAGCUGCAGACCGUGAGCAAGGAGAUCACGAAGAGAACAACCAAAAAGAAGGUCAUGAAGAAAAUUAUGAGGAGGAAGAGGAAGAUGAGGAGGAAGGUGGCGCCAUUGCAGCAAAAGCCCAUAGAAGAGGGGAAAUGUAACUCUUUGUUGUUUUAUGGAUCAUGUUCAACAAAAGAUUCUUGCUUGAAACAAACUUUUUUCUAAGGAUAUUUAAUUACAGUAAUUCAAAGUUUGCCUUUUAUGUUUUUUACUUUUCUAUUAGAUGCUUUCAUACAUAUAUGUGAAUACACUAUUUUGAUAUUCUAGAUUAGCAUCUCUUUUAUAUUAAGGCAACACAAAGACAGACAAUGGAAUAGGUCUCAUUCUUGUCAUAAUUCUGGUAAUGUUUUAAAAGAGCAUAAACUUUCCUGUUAUCCAAGUUUGGAAAGAGCAUUCGGUUUACACUGUAACUUAUAUGUGAAGUGAUCUCGUGCCUAAAACUACUCAACCUUAGUCAUUCAAAUAAUUUCAUUGCCUUCAGUGAUUCAUGGGUGAGUAAGGGCUAGCUAAAUUACACACUGAAGCCCCAAUCCUGAAAUGCUUAUGUGCUUAACUUUUAGGCCACCAUGAGUAGUUUCAUUAUCUUUAAGCAUGCAAAUAUUCCCAUUAAAGCCAAACAUGAGCAUAUGUGUUUGCAGGAUCAGGUCUCAGCGUGUAGAUGCAGUGCAACUUUAAAACAUGCAAGCUAUAAAAGCUUUAAGAAUACGGUGCUGUUAAUAGCUGUUAAGGUUAACAGCUGUUUAUGUACAAUUAUUAUAAACUUAAUUUUAGUGUGUAUCAGGGUGCUUCAGUUACAAAAAUCCCAGCAGAUAAUAAAAGAUGAUCUGCGGGUAAAGUACGUGUAGAAUGCAUUAUGUAAAGAACUACUCAGACAAUCAGAGAUGCAAAAUCAAAAUAGUCCCAUCAGUUGAAAACUGACUCUGCACUAGAAGAAUGAAGGUUUACAGGAAGAAUAACUGGGUGAUACUCAAACUAGUUCAUAAAAUGUUUAUCUGGCCCACUAUCAUCAAAACAUUUUAAUGAUCAUUUGUGUAUAAGGCCUGUUGAACAUGCAUUUUGGAGAGUAAAAGGGCUUAAGGCAUUUUAAGUGAGUUAAUAGGACUGGUACAAGACAUCCCCUUCUGAAUUUAGGCCCCCACAUUUCUUGCAGCGGUCAUCCAGAGGGAUGUCUAUAUAUACUGUUGUGCUCAGCUGGUGAAAAGCAAACCAGUGACAAAACUUCUGUAAGCACACUGCAGUGUGUUUUGCUUCCCUUUAGCACUGUAUGCCAAAAUGUUACUGUACCGGGCCUCUGGUAGGUUAGUAUUAAGUAUACCAAGUCCUACAAUUAAUGUAAUUGAGGUGCAUGAAAAUAUACAAUAUUUGUACUGUUACACACCUUUACUGUUUAAAUUAAAGGGGUUAGGCCUAAAGGCUAUAAUCUAACCAUUGUGGUACUCUUGAAUUAACCGCUGGGGAAUGGAAAUCUGGAUUUCCUAGGCUAUGUCCCAUUGCUGGAAAUGAGGCAUACCAUCGCUACAAGCGUGAAGGUGUUAAUAUAUAAAGGAAAGUGUGUUUCUUUCUCUUUAAUUUUUUUU